CACAGCUUCAGUAAACAUUCAAACAUCGCCGACUUCGGUUAGUGCAACUUCUUCUCGGUUCUUACCUGGGGUUUUUUCGGUGCGUGUUUUUUUUUUUUCGUUUGAUCCCACGGUAAUUGGUUGCCUUGAAGGUGAUCUAUUGGUCAUCGAUCCGAACAGUUUUGAAUACCUGACGUAAUCGACGCUUCAUCGCGUCUAUCAACAGUUUUGGGUUGACGAUAUGUUUUGAUUGUUGUUUUUUUUCUGUUCGUUUAUUUCGUUCGCAAUGUCGGUUGCAUCAAGUGAAAGGAAGCAUACAUGUUUGAAGGUGUAGCUAGCAGAGUGAGUUCAUGUGGAUAGAUUGUUCAGUCCAGUUUCACGUUCGCAAUGAAUUGGUAAUUUCGAAGGUAACUAACUUUAUCGAAGUGCACGCGGGUUUAAAAAUCGGCGCGUUGGUGCAAUCAAGGAAGUUUCGUUCUGCUGCAUGCGUUGAGAAGUUCAAUAAGUGAGAGGAAAAAAAACUGAAUUUUAAGCGCGGAAAAUGGAGGUUGCCUGGCGGUUUCGAAUAAUUUUCGCAAUGGCCUUCGCUGUCAUCAUAUUCGGAGAUUUGCUGGGAUACGGCGGUGCCAAAAAAGACCAGCAGGAUAAGUCGUUGCUAACUGGUUUUUCCGCUGGAUUCACAAGCAGCAGCAGCAGCAGUAGCAAUAGCGGCCAGAGCCGCAUUGAAAGCAACGCCAGGUCCAAUAAUGAAAACGAAAUCAGUUCCGCCGAAGGUGAAAUCAGCACCCGGCGGUCCUACAACGGUGCCGACAGCAGCGCACUGAACUCAGCCCAGUUCGACACGGUAGCAAGCAAGGAGCGGCUGAAGAACUCCCUGCGAGAAGCGUGCCUACCGAAGCUGCUAUGCGAAAUGGCCGCCAAACCGAACUAUUCGCUGAACGUCCGGGAAAGGGACCUUCUCUCGCUGAUACGGGCGAUCAGAAGACUCGGCUUCUUUUCUCGAGCCGGAAGUUCCACCACGUUAUCGCUGACGAUGGCCGUAAGUCCGACCAAGUGGCACUUUGCGGCGCACAUGGGCCAAUUGCUGCGGGAUGCCGGUGACAGUUUGGUCACCCCGAUGGGUUGCUCACACCUAUGGCCCAGCUGCCCGUACAGUUCGAAAAAGUUACUCAAGCUGUCCAAUGUGGUUCAGCUGAAAUGAGUACUGGCAUCGAGUGGCAUCGCGCGAUCGAGGAAGGUAGGAUACAUACAGAAAUCCAGUGCUGCCAGACGGACGAAGACGAACAAAAGGGACGGAAACCAGUUUGGAAGAGAAUGUUGCUUCCUGCUAUCGCGGAGGGCGUUUUAUCCUGCCAUAAACCACGUAAUAAUGAACAGCGCCUAAAUCCAGUCUAAAUAUUCGAAGCCCUCAUUAUUUGGCAGUCAAUAUUUGCCGUUCGUCGCGAUGGACUGACUACGCGAACGAACAUCAGGAACAUCACAUUGGAAACUAAAUUGCUUUGGAAUCAAACACGACGAGUAAACAGAAGUCAGGUAGUUAAUAAUUGUUGCUGUUAUUGUUACUGCGGCUGAUGCUACCGACCGAGUGUGAAUGAUUGUAUGUAAAUAUAUGUGUAUACGAUUAUGGGCGACCUUUUGCAUCGUAUGAAUCGCACCGGAAUCGGGUGCUCAGGUGCCAACUGUCGUUCGAAGUUAAUUGUCGGUAUACAAAAAUGUGAUUUUACGCUAAUUGUGAAUACAUAAGCUGAUUACGCUGAAAUUAUUAGGUUUAUAUGUGUAAAAAUAGUCGAGACGAAUUAAUAAAGUGCAGUAAAUUAUGAA